GGAAGCGGAGCCAUGGCGGGGCCGCUGUGCCAGGGCUGGGGCUUGGGGGCGGCCCUGCGGAGCCGCGCCGCGCUCCGGCCGCUCGGGCUGCUGGCACCGCCGGCACGGGGAAUGCUGGCACUGCCGGCACGGGGCGUGCAGGGGCCGGGAACGGGAGCGGGAGCGGGAGAGGCAGCGCUGGAGGAGAACCCCUUCUACGGGAAGUACCGGCACAAGAUCCAGGAGCUGCGGAGGUCCAGUCCAGAUGUGUUUGAAUCCCGUAUGGAAAAAAGAAGUGAAAUGAAAAAGCAGCCUGUGGGACAUUCCAAACAAGGAGAGUUUAUCAGAUGCAUGGAGGAAAAGGCAGAAGGCUUGGGCAGCAAGACAUCAAAGGGAGGAUUCACAAAGGAGAAGACACUUGAUUCAAUUCUUAAUGUUGAGAUGGUGAAAGAAAAAUCAGCAGAGGAGAUAACACAGAUUUGGAAUCAUUAUUUUUCUGCAAAAGACACAGUUUAUGCUGUUAUUCCUGCAGACAAGUUUGAUUUGAUGUGGAAGAGAGCCCAGAACUGUCCAUCGUUUCUGUAUGCUUUGCCAAGAAAAGAAGGCUAUGAGUUCUUUGUGGGGCAGUGGUCUGGAACAGAAUUACAUUUCACUUCCCUGAUAAAUGUUCAGACCCAAGGUGAAACUGCUCCAAGUCAGUUGGUCUUGUACCAUUAUCCUGAUCUGCAGAAGGAGAAAGGGAUAGUACUAAUGACAGCAGAAAUGGACUCAAAGUUCUUGGUGGUCCAUGAUGCCCAGUGCUUGGCCAACCAGGUGCAGCUGUUCUAUGCCACGGAUCGCGCCGAGACCUACGGAUUAGUGGAGACCUUCAACCACAGAUCCAGUGAAUUUAAAUACAUGUCAGUUAUAGCAGAGCUUGAGCAAAGCGGGCUUGGAAGAGAACUGAGACCUGGGCAGGCUUCUGACAAGUCAUAGAGCCUGGCCUGUGGUGAAAGGAGACAGCAGCAGACAAACAGUCCUAGGAGGGGUGGUCCAGUGCCUUCUGUUUUACAAUUUGGAUUUGGCCACAGAAAGAGUCUGCAGACAUCCUGGGAGAGUGACAGUCAAGCCUGUCUGGCACUGAUGCAAGAUGAGGACUCGGGCCAUUUGAACAACAGCAACUAAUUGCCAAAAAAUGGAGCCCUGCACUUCAUCAGAAAUCAGAUGUAAUCAGUUACAUCAGAUGUAACUUCAUCAGAAAGAGACAUUUUCCCUGUCCUGUAACUUCCUGCUGCCUGCUGGAUUGUGGCAACCUGAAAUAAAGUGACAGAAGGGGAACUCUGUAACGGGCUGUACUGACAUCAGGAAAGAGAUGACAACCAAUGUUCCCAGUAAAUGCAUUUUAAAUACUCUCCACCAUUAUAAUUGCAUGGUUCAGUGCUUUUUAAUCUGUGUGGAAUUCAUACAGGCUUGUCCAUCAAGAAGAAAGAAUAGGAGCAAUGGUCUAAGACAGACACCUCUUUGUUUCUUUGUGAGGUUUCUUACACAGAUGUAUAUUGUGGUCUGAGUUUUUCUCAAGAUUGAAAAAACAGAGUCACUAGAUUUGUUCUGGGAAUUUUCUGCUUCUUAAUUGAUAUAUUAAUUGUAUCCUGUUGUGAUGUUUCUGUCUUUGAGAUGUUUUUGAGCAGUAUGAAUGGUUUUAUUUUUUAGUGUAUUUUUAAUAGUGUAGAGGAAUCAUUGCCUGUUUUACAGGAUUAUUUUUUCUCAGGUUGGCAUCUAGUCAGCCAACUCACAAAUGACAUUUGAAGGAACAAAAAAUAACUCUUGUUCCCACUUCAGGAAAGACACUAUCCAUAAUAAAGGAAAGAUGGACUGGCAUAGUGACAGAGAGAGUCACCAGCCAGCUUCUUGUUUGUCAAGUGAAAGAAAUGUCUUGGUAUGAACAUGCAGAGCUGCUUUAACACAGCAGUGUUGGUAAGAGCCUGGCUUUACAGACUGCAGCAGACUGGGGGUUUAAAACCUGCCCCAAGUAAAAGAAUCCCAAAACUGA